UAUGCCUACUUAUCACGACCGUAGCCCGUGUCUCGUUUUGACAACCAUCUGUCUCUAGAAGACGUUCCUCUGUUCUUCUAGAAAGGUGCGAAUAAACUCUUGGAAAUGUCUGAAAAACGAAUGUCUAGCAGUAAAAAACACAGCCUGAAGGGCUUGAUGCUCCAGGUUGCAAAAGAGUUACUGGAAGCAGAGGAGAUUGAGAAGAAAGAGGAGAGGAAGAGAUACAUGGAAGAACAUUGUCCUACGUUGUCAAACCCAAGCUCCAAACAAGAACUACAGGAGCUCUGCAAAGAGUUACAUGCAAAAAUCGAAGCUGUUGACGAGGAGAGAUAUAUUUUAGAGCACAAAGCCAUCAUGGUUGUCAAUGAGGUUAAAGACUUAAACAUCAAGAUCGUCGACCUGAAGGGUAAGUUCAAGAAGCCUCCUUUGAAGAAAGUUCGCAUGUCUGCUGACGCUAUGCUUCAAGCUCUGUUGGGAUCCAAGCACAAGGUCUCCAUGGACCUGAGAGCCAACCUCAAACAAGUCAAGAAGGAGGUCAAAGAGGAGGAUAAAGAACUGCGUGAUGUUGGUGACUGGCGUAAGAACAUCGAGGAUAAGGCUGGUAUGGGUGGCAGGAAGAAGAUGUUUGAAUCUGAAGCGUGACGAUGUUGAUGAUGAGUAUUCCACCAUGAUUUUUUUCAUUGGCUUGGAUCUGAAUAAAAUGUACUACUUAAAGGUUUUGCAGGAACGGUUCAGUGGACAGUUCAAUUUAUAAUCCAUAAAAAUGCCAGUCAAAACUUGAAUUGUUCUCUUGAACAAUGAAGUGUUCAGUUUGUAAUUCUAUACAGAUUGACCGUUUGCCAAAAUUAUGUUUUUUUCCUAAAUAAAUAACCCAACUGUAAUAAUUGUUGCUUCCUGCUUUUUAAAAAAUGUUUUCUUUGUUUUAUAAUCUUUUUACCUAGAAUUGUAACCUUUACCUUGUUGUAUUUUUAUUUAUUUAUUUGAAUUGCUUAAAGUGAACAAGGAAUCAAAAUCAACCCUAUUUACGUUCUUUAUAGACAUUCUUGGUCUUAUUGUGAUCAAUUUGUCGAUGUUAAAAUGACUUUCCUUUUCGGUUGACGUCUUAUUUUUCAGUCCCACAAACCACCUAAUACAACUUUUUAUAUCUCAUAGACCCACCCUACAUUUUUUCACAUUGAAUAUCCCAUUUCCCUUUGAAAUCCGCCACUAUUAUGAACGUGAACUGGGUUACAAACAAGGUUUCAUUUUGACUUCACACAAUUUUUAUAAUUCAGUGUAACAUCAAAUCUAAAUCAAGUACUGCUUGUUUUGUCUUCAAGGUAAGAUUCCUCAUUUUCUUGUCUUUAUAAGGUUAAUAUUCAGCACGAGGUUAAAAUAUAAUUAGAAUAUUUUAUAAUUCUUGCAGAAUGAUGUCCAGUAUAUGUCUUGAUGGAUCAUUGGGGACUAAAAAUGAAGAAGAUAGAUGGAGAGUUGGUGAAGUCUCUAGCGAUAUCUGCUGGUCAUAGUGGAAGCUGCAGUGUCUGUAAAUGGGAAUCGAGUAGUAUUUGUGUGGUCAUGUGAUCUGAACAUGGCAGCCACCAUGAGGGGGCGACCUACCACUUGUACAAUAAACAGCUACUCAUGUGACUGGAGUCUUCUUCUCCU